AUGAUGGUGCCGCAGCUGUGCGUCAAGUGCAACAUGGACAAGGUCGCCUACACCUACUACGAGUACGCCAACAUCUCCGUCAACGUCACCGCGAGCAUGCUGGCCGGCAACUUCUGGACCACGGACCAGUUCUACAACGACACCGGUCGCGAUCUCAUCCUCACCCUGGAAAGCUGGGCGUGGAGUCCGGCCAUGAACGCCCUGCUCCACGAUCAGGUGGUGCAUCAUCGCUCCACUUGGCACGACACGUACGACAGUGACGACUUCCGGACCCUUUCGGAGAUCUACGACCAGGCCAACGCGACGCACACGCGCCAGCGGAGGGUCUCGGUGGUCAGGAGCGCGUACGACCGCCUGGACCACGGCAAGACCCUUCUCGACACCUUCUCCGGGACCACCUACCUGCCGGUGGCCUGA